GGACAACUGAAAAGGUACCGGUCCAACAAGGCGGGCACGACACGAGACGCGCCGAUGGACCCCACCGGCGGCGGCGGCGGCGACGGCGACCCCGCGGCGGCGAGGGGGAGCGGAGGAGGAGUGGGGACGGGGGCCGGGCGGUGGGCGGUGGGCACGGUGUGCGGGGGCCUGGUGUACUACCACUGCGCGGUGCGGCACGCCAGCGCGGUCUCCCUCGCCGCCGACGUCCUCCUCGUCCUCCUCUGCUCGCUCUCCAUCCUCGGCCUCCUCUUCCGGCACCUCCACAUCUCGGUGCCUGUGGAUCCUCUUGAGUGGCAGAUUUCUCAGGAAAUGGCAAAUAGCAUCGUUGCAUCCUUGGCUAAUACCGUAGGUGCUGCUGAGUCCGUGUUAAGGGUGGCUGCAACUGGACAUGACAAGAAGCUGUUUUUCAAGGUGGUUUUUACAUUGUAUUUUCUAGCAGCUUUGGGGAGAGUGGUGUCAGGAGCUGCAGUUGCUUAUGCUGCACUAUGUAUCUUCUGCCUCUACAUGUUUGCACAGAGCACCGAUCUGUUUGAUCAACUUCCUUCCUGGCUACCUGUGGGAAGGGAUUCAUUGGGCAGUGUUCAGGAUACCGCGUGAUUUCCACAUGUACAUGGACUCCAGCGCUCUUCUUUUUCGAUUCCUUCCUCUUGUACAUGGUCCUGCAGGCUAAUAGCUUGAACUAUGGCAUCUAUGGUGCCUCUACCCAAUAUUUUAGCAACUGUGGAGUGAAAUGGCCUUUGUAUAUCAUGAUACAUUUCCAACUUGCUAAUGAUGUCCCUUGUAUGUUACCAUCUAAGUAAGUGCAGAUCUCUCUGGCUAGACUUGAUCUCAUGAUGCAUGGUUGGUCAUGAGAUGUGGCCUGGUGUGUUUUGCUUGUCACAGGUGACCUGGGCCGCCUGAACCUGCUGUUGCAACGGUGGCUAUGAGAUUGCAUUGUCUGUUGUUCUUGUAAUCUGAAUAGAGUAGCUUUUCACCACAUAAUAAUGCUUAUGCAUGUAGAAGCAUCACGUUUUAUCUGCCAGAUUGAUUUGGUCCA